CGAACAAAACAUGAAUAAAGAGAAAUGUCUUGGCUGAGAAUGUUUGUCGUUUGAAAGCCCCUCGUGAACAUAGGGAAGCUCAGCACAGUUCAGAAGCUUCCGGCCUAUUUAAUGCUGCCUUUUCCAUGUCUAUUUCUAGAGGGCUGUGGGUGCAAACUGUGCCCCGCUGACUGGCUGCCGCACAGGAACAAGUGCUACUGGGUCUCUAAAGAAAGUAAAACGUGGAGUGAGAGUCGUGAGGACUGCUCAGCGAAGAGCUCUCAAAUGCUCGUGAUCCAAGACAAGGAGGAGAUGGCAUAUAUUCUGAGAAUUUCACAACUGAACCUGGUCUGGCUUGGACUCAGUGUUACAUCCCCAGAGAGGAAAUGGACCUGGGUGGACGGCUCCACGUUCAAUGAAACACUGUUCCCGCUACCAGGAACUGCUGACAGGGAGAGCUGUGGGAUGAUCAAAGGGAACUGCACUAUUUCGGAAACCUGCACGGCUGUAGCUAAAUGGAUUUGUGAGAAAGUUGCCCUGAAAUAAGCAGUCACACCAAUGAGCUGCACUUGUGUAACUGAAAUAGCAAGUGUCCUUGUUUAGUUUCUAAAAGAAAAACACAUUUGCUAAUUAACGAAUUCUAAAGCCUCCGACAAACUCAUUUUCCAAGGAAGAUCCAUUCACUUGUUCCUCAGGAGCUGGGUGUGAUUUCAUGAGGAGCUGGCUGCCCCCUGGGCAUCGCGUGUGAACAGACACUCUUGGCUCUCAGGAACAGUUU